AUUAUAAACACGACAAAAGGAUCUCUCAAAAAUCUCUUUUGAAAUCUCGCGACCUUUCUCUCAUUAUUUAAGCCGUUAGUUUAACCCCUGUAUCCUCCCAACCUUCCCCUCUCUCCAGGCCCAGCCAUGGCUUCCACGGCCCCCUCUUCCUCCCUGCUUCUUCUUCUCCUACUCUGUCUCUCGGCAACUAUGGCCAAGAAGACUUACAUUGUUCACAUGAAACGCCAUGACAGGCCUUCCGUCUACCCUACUGCCCAUGAUUGGUACUCUGCCAAUCUCCAAUCUCUUUCCUCUUCUUCUCAACCUGAUUCUCUGCUUUAUGCUUAUACUUCUGCUUACAAUGGCUUCGCUGCUUCCCUCGACCCCUCUGAAGCCGAGGCUCUCCGCAGAUCCGAUUCCGUUCUUGAUGUGUACGAAGACACUGUCUAUACACUUCACACCACUCGAACCCCGGAGUUCCUGGGUCUUGAAACCCAAUCUGGCCAGUGGGAAGGCCAUAACACUCUGGCACUUGAACAGGCUUCCCACGAUGUUAUCAUUGGCAUUCUCGACACUGGGGUGUGGCCCGAAUCCAAGAGCUUCGAUGACACAGGAAUGCCCGAGAUCCCCACACGGUGGCGCGGAGAGUGUGAAUCCGGUCCUGAUUUCAACAAAUCGUUCUGCAACAAGAAGCUCAUUGGGGCUCGCAGCUUCUCCAGGGGCUUUCACAUGGCUUCCGGUGGCAGUUACAUGAGGAAAGAAAAAGAAGAGGUGUCGCCCCGUGACCGGGACGGACAUGGCACUCACACCGCAAGUACAGCCGCUGGGUCCCCCGUCGCUAAUGCCAGCCUCCUCGGUUAUGCCAGCGGAACAGCCCGUGGGAUGGCCCCGCAAGCGCGUGUCGCUGCAUACAAGGUUUGCUGGAGUACCGGGUGCUUUGCGUCCGACAUACUCGCGGGCAUGGAUCGGGCCAUCCAGGAUGGAGUGGAUGUGCUCUCGCUCUCUCUCGGCGGUGGUUCCGCUCCUUAUUACCGCGACACCAUCGCAAUCGGAGCAUUCGCAGCGAUGGAGAGAGGCAUCUUCGUCUCGUGCUCCGCCGGGAAUAGCGGACCCGCCAAGGCGUCGGUGGCCAACGUGGCUCCGUGGAUCAUGACCGUCGGUGCUGGUACUCUGGACCGGGAUUUCCCGGCUUACGUUUCUCUGGGGAACAACAAACGCUUUAAUGGCGUUUCACUCUACAGUGGGAAAGGAAUGGGUGACCGACCCGUGAGUUUGGUUUACAACAAGGGGUCGAAUAGCUCGACCACUAUGUGCAUGCCCGGCUCUCUCGACCCAGCCGUGGUUCGUGGGAAAGUGGUGAUUUGCGACAGGGGGAUCAACGCACGCGUGGAGAAGGGAGCGGUGGUGCGCGACGCCGGAGGAGUUGGAAUGAUCCUGGCGAACACUGCGGCGAGCGGCGAGGAGCUAGUGGCGGACAGUCACCUUCUACCGGCUUUGGCGGUGGGGAGAAAAGUGGGUGAUGAGAUCAGGGAGCAUGUACGGUCGGAUCCAAACCCAACGGCUAUAUUGAGCUUCGGUGGGACCGUGUUGAACGUGACGCCGUCGCCUGUGGUGGCAGCGUUCAGUUCAAGGGGGCCCAAUCUAGUGACUCCCCAGAUUUUGAAGCCCGAUGUGAUUGGGCCAGGUGUUAACAUCUUAGCGGGCUGGUCCGAGGCCAUUGGGCCCUCUGGAUUGUCUCAGGACGCUCGUCAGACCAAGUUCAAUAUCAUGUCAGGAACGUCCAUGUCUUGUCCACACAUAAGUGGGUUGGCCGGAUUGCUGAAGGCCGCUCACCCUGACUGGAGCCCAAGCGCAAUCAAGUCGGCGCUAAUGACCACCGCAUAUACGCACGACAACACCAAUUCCCCUAUCAGAGACGCCGCCGGCGGGUCCUUCUCCACCCCAAUGGCUCACGGCGCCGGCCACGUCAACCCCCAGAAAGCCCUCUCUCCCGGACUAGUGUAUGACGCUUCCGCCUCCGACUACAUUGCAUUCUUGUGUUCGCUACGGUACGGCCCCGAACAGAUCCAACUCAUCGUGAAGCGCCCCAAGGUUAACUGCUCCAGGAAAUUUUCCGAUCCGGGUCAGCUCAAUUACCCAUCUUUCUCCAUCGUGUUUGGGAGUAAGAGGGUGGUUCGGUAUUCCCGCAUUUUGACCAAUGUCGGGGAAGCGGGAUCCGUCUAUAACGUGGCGGUGACCGGACCGUCAUCCUUGGUCGGAGUGACAGUGAAACCCACGAAGCUGGUGUUUAAGAAGGUCGGGGAUAAGCAGAGGUACACAGUGACUUUUGUAUCAAAGAAGGGUGCUGAUAGUUCAAUUAGGUCUGAGUUUGGAAGCAUUGUGUGGAGCAACGAGAAGUACCAAGUUGGGAGCCCUGUUGCUUUUGCUUGGACAGAGUUAGAUUCGUGAAGUCGUGUUUGUGGGUCUUAGAUUGCCACUACUUCGAGCCUAACAGUGCUUGCCCUUAGUAAGAAAAAAACAAAAAAAGAGAGCGAGCUUUCAGAAGAUAUAAGUAGGACAAGUGGCGGUGGUGUGGAUUUGAGAUUAUGAAAAGAGGUGAUUUGGAAAAGGAUGAAACAUAGUGUUUUUCUGUGUUGUGUAUCCCAGUUAAACGGAUUUAACAAAUAGAGGUGACUCUUACAAUUUAUAACUUGGCGAAAUACAGCUUCCUGCCAUGUAGCAAAUAUCCUUGUCAAGGAUUUAAUUAAAUCUCUCCCUGUUUCAGAUUCCA